AUGACCAUUAUCAAGUCAACAUCAUGUUUGUUCUUAAUACUUCUAUCAUUGUUCAUCUUCAUGUGGUAUGACAACAACCUUAGUGGAUCAUGGUGGUUAUCAAUCCACAUGUGGUCCGUCAUUUGGGUUAUGGUGGUUGUUUUGGCUGUGGGUUUGGUGGCGGUUGUUAUGGUUAGAACCACCGUUGUUACGUGGAUCACGGUGUUGGUGAUGCUUGCUAUUGCGGGGAAGCGUCGUCGUGUGCUGGCGGUGGAAGGAAGGAAGAUCACUGGAGAUGUGGCAAUGCAUUUGUUGAAGGUUUUGGUUAAGAAAAGAAGUCUUGUUGCUGUUGCUUGUGCUACAUAUUUUAGUUCGGUUGCCAUGGGUUGGGUUGCUUAA